GAAUAAAGCGCGCAAAGCGAACACACAACCUUCUCAAUGAUUUUCCGUGGUUUUAGAUUGACGUACUUCUAUGGUAAAAACUGUGAAAACAUUGCGUCAUGGAUAAAGGAAAAAAGUGCCGUAAAUUUAUGUAGAACUACGAGAAGUUUACACAUUUUGAAUGCUGCGGCUUCAAAAUAUAAAAACAUUGAGUGUGGAACGACGGGAAAAAAUAAAAUACAAAAUUGUUAUCAAAAAGGCGUUUAUGAUUAUGUAUUCGAUUUAGUUAAAAAGGAUGAAAGUGACAUAAUUGAUAUUUAUGAUUUAAUUGAAUUAAUGAAUAAAGCUGGUAUAUCAUUGAAUGAUCCAAGAUUAGCAAAAUUUACAAAAGCAUUAAAUGAAUUACAAGGUAAUAAAAUCAAUCGAAAUGUUCUACAAAGUAAAUCAUUAACGUUGGAUAGAGAAACAUUUCGAAUUGUAGCAAAAGAAAAUCUUCAUAUGUUAUUACGCAUUAUGACAAAUGAUUUUUGUAUACCAGAUUUUGAAUCAUUUGCAAGUGAAAUUCAAACAGUUUUUAAUUUAUGCAAAGAAAAUACAAGUGGUCAAGUAGCCAGUUAUAUACCAGAAUUAAAAGAAAUGAAUCCGAACUAUUGGGGUUUAUCAUUAUGCACUGUAGAUGGACAACGCUUGUCCAUGGGUGAUAGCACUGUCCCAUUUACAAUACAAUCUAGUAGUAAACCAAUUACAUAUGCAUUAGCUUUGACCGAUUUAGGUCCACAACAUGUUCAUCAAUAUGUUGGCUAUGAACCAUCAGGAUUACCAUUCAAUCAAAUUUCUUUAAAUCAUAAAAAUAAACCACAUAAUCCCUUAAUAAAUUCUGGAGCAUUAGCUAUUUGUAGUAUACUACAACCAAAUUUAAAUCCUUCAGAACGUUUUAAAUAUGUUGAAAAUAAAUUUAGUCAAAUGGCUGGUGGAUUACCAAUGGGAUUUAAUAAUGCUGUAUUUUUAUCAGAACGUGAAACAGCUGAUCGUAAUUUUGCUAUUGCAUAUUAUAUGCGUGAGAAUAAAUGUUUUCCGCCAACUUUUGAAUUACGUGAAUUAAUGGAUUUUUAUUUUCAAAUAUGUUCAAUUGAAGUAACUUGUGAAUCAGCUGGUAUUAUGGCUGGAACAUUAGCCAAUGGUGGUAUUAAUCCAUUAACAAAUGAAACUGUAGUAAGUGCAGCUGCAGCACGAGAUACUCUAUCUGUUAUGCAUUCAUGUGGAAUGUAUGAUUAUUCAGGACAAUUUGCAUUUAAGGUUGGUUUGCCAUGUAAAUCUGGUGUAUCCGGUAUAAUCAUGGUAGUAGUGCCUAAUUUACUUGGUUUAGCUGUCUGGUCACCGCCAAUUGAUAAACAUGGGAAUUCGGCUAGAGGUAUACAAUUCUGUCAAGAACUUGUUCAUAGAUUUAUUCUACAUCAUUAUGAAAGUCAUUUACAUUAUGAUAAAAAAAUUGAUCCACGGAAACCACGUGAUUCUUAUCGAACAGAUGCAGUUACUACAUUAUUAUUUGCUGCUAGUAAUAAUGAUUUAUCAACUUUAAGAAGAAGUUUUAUUCAUGGAGUAGAUUUUAAUUCAGUUGAUUAUGAUGGACGUACUGGUUUACAUGUAGCUGCUAGUUGUGGUUCAUUAGAUGCUGUAAAAUUUUUUAUUGAAGUUAGUGGUGUUAAACUUAAUCCAAUUGAUCGUUGGGGACAUACACCAUUAACAGAUGCUAAACAAUUUGGUCAUGAACAAAUUGUUGAAUAUUUAGAAAAUAAAUAUUCAAUUUAUUUAGAUAAAGAAGAUAUUCUAGAAUAUGAACGUGAUAUUGCGUAACCAUGGUAACAGUAACAGGAAAAAAAAAGAAAAUUUGGAACUUUGAAUGUUGUAAAAGUUCAGUAAGAUUAAAACAAAUCAAUAAUUCCAGAAUAGUCUCUACAUGGAUACCAAAUGUGUAACACAAGAAAUAUCAUUAUUGAAUUAGAUCAUUUCUAUUUGGUUUGUUUAUUUAUUUUUUAUUUUUAAAUUUAUUUAUCAAAAUAAUAAAAAGAAAAAGAAAAUUAAUAAAACAUUAUUUUUUUCCUUAAAAUCAGUUUUUAUUUGUUAAUUUCUGUUUGUUAUAUACUACUAUUAUUACUACUACUAAUGCUACUACUACUACUACUACUAUUGCUAAUACUAUUACUACUACCAUUACUAUUACUACUACUGUAACGAACAGAACACGAAUGGGGGACAAUAGAAUGUAUUUGACACGAAAAUACAUGACUUCCUAAUCAAAUCUAACAAUCAUAUAGUAAAUACUUAAUUUGCAAAAUGUACAUCAGUUGUCUGAAAAUGACUCAGAUUUCAUUGUUCUUGCAUUUUCAUACAAAUUGCAUUCUAUUUUCAUUCUUUACUGUUCGAUUCUCUUGUCUCUCUUCUGUCAGACAUUCUGUUCACGACUAACAUCAUAUACUACUUAUGUCAAUAUAAGUAGCACACACCACACUACCAUUACUACUACUGUUACUAUUACUACUAUCACUUACUACCGCUAUUAUUACUAUUGUUGGUAUUGUUAUUAUUAUUAUUACUACUACUAAUGCUAGUACUAUUAUUAUUAUUAUUACUACCAUUACUAAUCAUUGUAGCAAUAUCAUGAUUAUAUUUCUUCUUAUCUGAUAUUAGUAUUUAAUUCAAGUGACUAAAAGAUCAAUUCUAUAAUAGAAUUUUACAGUAUUGUAUAUUUAACUUUUGAAAAUAAUUUAAAUGUGUAUUUAUUCUAUUUCUAAUAAGAUUUUAUGCAUUUAUAUAUCAUAAAUUAGAUUUUCCCUACUUACUUACUUACGCCUGUUACCUUCAGUGGAGCAUUUUGUCUGCCAACCAGCAUUCUUCAACCUAGUCUAUUCUGAGUUUUCCUUCUUUCUAGUUCUAUUCAAUUAUUAUCUAUUCUUUCUUAUGUCUAUUUUAUUCUUCUAAAAAUAAUUAAAUGAGAUAAUAAAGAAUGAAUUGAGUUAUAUAUAUAUAUAUAUAUAUAU